UAAUAACUUUGUCAUAUACGUUUUAUUUUAAUUGCCAGAACGACGCAAAUAGGUAUAUAAAACCGCCAGACAAACACAAAGUCACAAUUGCUUAGCAAAAAUUUACAACCAUGGUACUACCAAUAGCAAAGUGGGUGGGCAAAGUGGCCGUAGUAACAGGAAUUGCUCGCCGAGUUGAACUAAUCGAAAAACGCGCCAAAAGUUGCACGGCUAAAGAAAAACUGUACGCUGUAAAAGCAGAUAUCACCAAAGAAGAAGAAAUUCUGAAAGCUUUAAAAUGGGUUGAAGACAAUGUCGGCCCGAUUCACAUUCUUAUCAACAGUGCUGGAGUCAUUUUGCUAAAAGGACUUACCGAAACCUCCACCGAAGAUAUGAAAACAACUCUAGAUUUGAACGUCUUGGGUCUAUCCAUAAUAACAAGAGAAGUAGUGAAGAUGAUGCAGGCUCACAAAAUCAAUGGACAUAUUAUACACAUUAACAGUACUCUUGGACAUCAAGUGAUAUCGCAUGCUUUUAGCAUAUAUCCGGCGACGAAAUUUGCUGUAACCGCUCUUACCGAGACGUUGAGGCAAGAACUUAAUUCUUUAGGGUUGAAAAUAAAAGUUACGAGUGUGAGUCCGGGUUUGGUUGCUACUGAGAUGACUACUUUAAAUAAGGAUAUCUUACCGGAAGCUAAAGAAAUGUUCGACAAAAUAGCGAUUUUACAACCUGCGGAUGUAGUAGAUGCGGUGGUUUAUGCUUUAUCGACCCCCGAACAUGUACAGGUGCAUGAACUUACAUUAACUGGAUUAUAAAAAGUUUUAAUGUGUAACUAUUAUAGAUAGAAAGAUAAAUAAACUUUAUAAAUCUUU